CUGCCUUGUCCGCCAGCCCAGCGGUGCUUUUCUUUCCCUCCUGCAGCGCCCCACGUCCCCGCCCCGGCGCGCACGCCCCACCCCCGGGGGCACCGUCCAGCCCCGGCUCCGAAAGCGUUAACCCCGAGCUCCCUCCCAGGUUCCUAAAAAGGAAAGGUGCGAGGUUUGGGGAGAAAAAUGACGGAUCAAAGCCAGGCGAGACUUCCUGUUGGCGGACGCUGUAUAAAAGGUCAGGCGCGCGGGCUGCAGAGGCGCACGCACCUCGCUCCCGCCGCCUCCACCGCCGCCAGCAUGAACCGGGCUCUGUGCUGCGCGCUGCUGUUCCUGGACCUCUCCAUUAAAUGGACCACCCAGGAAACCUUUCCUCCCAAGUACCUUCAUCAUGACCCAGAGACCUCUCGCCCGCUCAUGUGUGAUAAAUGUCCUCCGGGCACCUACCUAAAGCAGCACUGUACGGCCAGGCGGAAGACCGUGUGCGCCCCAUGCCCGGACCACUACUACACAGACAGCUGGCACAAGAGUGACGAGUGUCUGUACUGCAGCCCCGUGUGCAAGGAGCUGCAGUACGUCAAGCAGGAGUGCAAUCGAACUCACAACCGCGUGUGUGAGUGUGAGGAAGGGCGCUACCUGGAGCUGGAGUUCUGCUUGAAGCACAGGAGCUGCCCGCCCGGGUUCGGAGUGCUGCAGGCUGGAACCCCGGAGCGGAACACGGUUUGCAGAAGAUGUCCGGACGGAUUCUUCUCGGAUGAGACAUCCUCCAAAGCACCCUGCAGAAAGCACACGAACUGCAGUGCAUUCGGUCUCCUGCUAACUCAGAAAGGAAACUCGACGCACGACAACAUAUGUUCUGCAAACAGUGACACACAAACUUGCGGAAUAGAUGUCACGCUCUGCGAAGAGGCUUUCUUCAGGUUUGCCGUUCCUACGAAGUUAACACCUAACUGGCUCAGCGUCCUGGUAGACAAUUUGCCCGGCACCAAAGUCAAUGCGGAAAGCGUCGAGAGGAUAAAGCGACGUCACAGCUCGCAGGAACAAACUUUCCAGCUGCUGAAGUUAUGGAAGCAGCAGAACAAAGAACAGGAUGUGGUCAAGAAGAUCAUCCAAGAUAUUGACCUCUGUGAAAACGGGGUGCAGCGGCACAUCGGGCACGCCAACCUCACCUACGAACAGCUUCGCAGCCUGAUGGAAAGCUUGCCAGGGAAGAAAGUUGGGAUAGAGGACAUUGAAAGAACCAGAAAGACAUGCAGAUCAAGCGAGGAGCUUCCAAAGCUGCUCAGCUUGUGGAGGAUGAGGAACGGCGACCAGGACACUUUGAAGGGCUUGAUGCAUGCGCUCAAGCACUUGAAAACCUACCACUUCCCCAAGACUGUCACCCACAGCCUGAGGAAGACCAUCCGGUUCCUCCACAGCUUCACCAUGUACAGACUGUACCAGAAGCUCUUUCUGGAAAUGAUAGGGAACCAGGUGCAAUCAGUAAAAAUAAGCUGCUUAUAACCGGAAAUGGUCAGUGCACUGUUUCCUCCCAAGGGGCCAGGUCUGCUGGAUGAGAAGACGUUUCUCAGGCACUCGAGGGAGUACAGUGAUUUCUGUCUCGUCACCUAUGCCCAACUUUGCCGCAGGGCACUAAAAGUAGGUCUGAUGUGCAGAAAGAACUAAUGUCUCCCCAAAAGUUCAGUAAAUCCCCAACAGUUUAUCCCACUGUCAGAUCUGGCCCAGAACCUACUGAACGUAUUUUCUGUUACUGCUUGCAGUAAUUCAACUGGAAAUAUUAAUAAUAAUAAUAAUAAUAAUAAUAACUAGACCCCAUACCUUUCUAAAUACGGGAAUCUCUGACUUAAUAGCUUCGAGAUUUCAGCUGCGUUAGAGGCUUUUGUUAGAAAGCCAUAUUUUUUUUUCUGUAAAAGUUACUAAUACAUCUGUUAACACUAUUACAGUAUUGCUAUUUAUAUUCAUUCAGAUACAAGAUUUGUACAUAUUGCUUUAGAAAGAAAUGCUGUAAGACAAUUUUAGAAAGAAAAAUAUGUUCUGUUUAUUAUUAUGACAAAUGAAAGAGAUGAAAUAUAUUUUUUAAUGGAAAACUAUAGGAUUUUCUAAUAGGUAUUGCUAUUUUUCCUGUGUGGAGUGUUUUUGCCAUAUAAUUUUAUCUAUAUAAGCUGUAAUAUCAUUUUAUAGAAAAAUACAAUAUUUAGUCAAUUGUUUAAUGUCGGAAAGUGUAUGAAAUAUGUUAUCUGAAUAUCAGAUGCUCUGAGAAAUUGAAUGUACUUUAUUUAAAAGAUUUUAUGGUUUCACUAUAUAUAAACAACAUCAUUAAAGUUUUCAAAUUAUUUUUUA